AUGGAGUCCGCUGAAAUCUUAACGAGCACACAUGAAGUUUCGCAAGAGCUCCAAGAGUCUGAGUCAACUGAGAAGGCGCCACCAAAUUUUGCACCAUCUCCUGACUUUAUUUGGCUAUGUGAAGAACUCUUUGUGAAGUUGGAAGACGUUCAAAGACAAGGUCGCGAGCAUUUGGGAAAUAAACCACUAUCUGUUAGGUACUACGAAGUUAUAUCGCAUUUUAUCAGGUUGUGGCGGAAAACGGUAGGGAACAACAUCUUUCCAGCACUCGUACUAUCACUUCCCUACAGAGACAGACGAAUUUAUAACAUCAAAGACUACACGCUGGUCAAGGCAAUAUGUUCUUACUUGGCGUUACCUAAACAAUCUGCCACCGAGAAAAGGCUGCUCAAAUGGAAAAGAAGAGCUACAAGAGGGGUAAGACUAUCAAAUUUCUGCGUUGAAGAGAUCAGAAAGAGGAAAAGUGAGCCAUCGCCAGGGAGGCGAAUAACAAUUGACAAGCUAAACGAAUGCCUUGAUCAUCUUGUCGAAGAGCGAAAUGCCAAGGGAGGAUUUAAAGGUUUAUCAGAUUCACCAACAUUCAACUUUUGCCUGCAAAACAUGUCUUUUAUUGAGCUCAGGUUUUUCUUUGAUAUUGUAUUAAAAAAUAGAGUAAUCGGUGGACAGGAACACAAGCUUUUGAACUGUUGGCAUCCAGAUGCUCUAGAUUAUUUAAGCGUUGUCUCUGAUUUGGAGACUGUAGCUUCGAGACUGUGGGAUCCAGAACACCGUCUGAGACGUGACGACUUGAGCAUCAAUCUUGGGUAUGCUUUUGUCCCGCAGCUUGCUAAGAAGAUGACUAUUUCUUAUGAAAAAAUCUGUACCAAGUUGAAUAAUGACUUCUUGAUUGAAGAAAAAAUGGAUGGCGAGCGGAUUCAAGUACAUUAUAUGGAUUAUGGAGCCAAAAUCAGAUUCUUAAGUAGGCGUGGGGUCGACUAUACUCAGCUCUAUGGAGAGAAUUUACAAAGUGGGACAGUGGCAAAUUACUUGAAUUUUGAUAGUAACGUGCGGGACUGCGUACUUGAUGGCGAGAUGAUCACUUUUGAUACUGAUAGAAAUGUUGUGCUACCUUUUGGGAUGGUGAAGAGCAGCGCUCGGCAAGCCCUUAGCACUGAAGGAAUUUGUUCUCAAGGUCAUCGUCCUAUGCUAAUGGUCCUUGAUCUGGUUUAUUUAAAUGGCGUCUCCCUCAUCAAACUUCCUUUGUACCAGAGAAAGGAAUUUCUAAAUAGAGUGCUGAAACCAUGUCCCCAUGCGGUAGAAAUCUUGCCAUAUGUUCGGUGUUCUGAACAUACUGCGAUAAGAAAAUCUUUAGAAAAGUCAAUUUCGAUGGGAUCUGAAGGUAUAGUGCUGAAAUCCUACAAGGCGCGGUAUGAAAUUGGAGCAAGAAAUGACUAUUGGAUUAAGGUCAAACCAGAGUACCUGGAACAAUUUGGAGAAAAUUUAGACUUGGUUAUUAUCGGGAGAACUCCAGGGAAAAAGGACUCUCUGAUGUGCGGGCUUGCCGUAUAUGAAGGUGAAGAAGAUCUGAAUGAAAUUGAAGCAAAAAGAGAGUCCGCAAUUGUAAAUUUAGAUUCUGAAGGGGAUGAACUGGAUGACACGGACGGCAAGAAGAUUAUCAAAUACUUUAUCUCAUUCUGCGUAAUUGCCAACGGAAUUUCUCAGCAAGAGUUCAAAGAAAUCGAUAGAAAAACGCGUGGUGCUUGGGUAAAAUCGGACCAGCGGUUACCUUCAGCUGAUCUUCUGAGAUUCGGAUCCAAGAUCCCAGAAGAAUGGAUCGACCCGAAAAAUUCGAUUAUGCUUGAGGUGAAGGCAAGGUCAUUGGACAAUACAGAGUCCAGUAAGAAAAAGUUUGCAGCGGGUUGCACACUUCAUGGUGGAUACUGCAGAAGAAUCAGAGACGACAAGGAUUGGACUGGUUGCUACAGUUUUUCUGAGCUAUGGCAAGAGAGGCUUCAUAAGUCAUCAACUGGGGUCGGCUCAUUUAACAAACAAUACUCCAAAAAAAUGAAAUCAAAGAAACGGAAAAUAGAUCCUUUUUCGGGCCAAGCCGCGAAGAAGCAUGAUGUCUUUGACUCCACCAACAUCUUCAAGGGCUUACAGUUUUACGUUCUGUCAGAUUACAUCGAUGUUAGUCGAAAUGUUCGCAUAACAAAAUCUGAAUUUGAUGACCUGAUAUUACAGAACAGUGGCAAGCUGGUACGAAAUUUGAUCUCCAAGCACCAUAGCGAAAGCCAGUUUCGUAUCAUAAGCGGCAAGUAUACCGCGGAAUGCAGGGCACUCAUCGAAAGAGGCUACGAUAUUCUUAGCCCGCAGUGGAUUUUGGACUGUAUUCGCAAUCGAAUGGUUGUAAAACUGGAACCACGGCAUUGCUUCAAUGUUUCCAGUGAAUUGAUGACUAUCGUUAACGGAAGAGUAGAUGAAUACGGCGAUAGCUUCGUGAACCCGAUUACAGAGCAGCAGCUAGACAAUUUGAUUGAUACGAACAUGAAGCAAACAGAACCGAACUUGAUGAGGGAAGCCAACUCGGAAUUGGAUGUAGUACCAUUAUUCCUAUUCUCCACGAGGGCUGUAUAUAUUCCGCCACAGGUUUUCAACGCAGUAGAUGCGUAUGGCUUGACUUCAAAGUUUAAGCUACAUGGUGGCUCGAUCGCAAGCGACAUACCAAGUUGCAACCUCAUUAUAAUGCCCAACGAAAAUCAACGUCUAGGCACCCAGUCACUGGUAGAGAUGAGGCAGUCAGUGUUGCAAGCCAUGGGUCGUAAUGAUAGUACGCCCAGUAUACCAUACAUUGUAACACCUGAUUGGGUGGAAAAGUCAAUUGAAGAAAACUGUCAAGUUCCAGAGGAGGACUUUACGCCUGUGUAUGCUUGA